AUGACUCCUGUUCAUGGAGCGGAUGGGACCGCUACAUCUUCCAGGACUUCUUCGUCUGUGGCUGUACAGCAAAGGGAACGUAUAAAUGGCUGGUCGUGUCCGUGGCAUCCUUUACAGUUUGUGGCAUGGUUUUUUCUUAUCUUCUUCUCUGUAUUAUAUUUCGGUGUAAUUGUCUUCUAUCUCCCAAAAGAGUGGCGAGCAGCUGGAUUUAUUGUAUCCUUUCCCAUUACCUUUCGCAAUUCUUUAUAGGUUUCGAUGAAAACUGUCGCUUCAGCUUUUGAAAGUUUACUUUAAUGAUACGGGUGAUAUUUUGGCUACUUUAUGACGCGAUCGACUUUUCCCGUUGUUGUACACAACAGGCAUUAAUAGUCGAUGUGGUUGUGAUCUUUGUUAUUUAUCAAGCUGAAUUUUUAUGUCCUCUAUCAACUUUCGAUAAUUUGAUGGAUCUGUUUUCUUCUUACUGCGUUUAACGGUUGUUGCUCAGUCUAAUAGGCUAAGAGAUAAUUCUACUUUAUUUCGAGGUUUAUUUUCACUAAUUUUAAGGUCCUAAAUUAAUGAUAGGGAUUUAAAAGCCUGCGGAGGACUACAUUAUGCACAUCAAUUGAGUAUCUAGCACUGAAGUGAAGACUGAAAUUAAAUCUAAAUUGUCUUUAUUUGUGAGUGCUGAGAAGGGAGAGUCUCCUCAAAUCCCUCUGAACUGGAAGAAAAUGCUUUUGAUCCCAGCAAAAAACUCACAAUGAAAUGUUCUUAAUUUAAAUAAUUUUUGUUUAAUGAAAUGAUUUUUUUUCUAGUCAAAACUAAGGGUUUUUUAACGGAAGGAAUUGUAAAUAUAGUGUUUUGACGAAAUGGGUUUUUUUAAAGUGAAUUAAUUGAAAAUAGGAUUUUAAUAGUUAGCAUUGUUAUCAAUAAAAUAUGUUCGAUCUGCUACUGUAAAAACUCACAAUAAUAAUAAUAAUAAUAAUGAUAAUAAUAAUAAUAAUAAUAAUAAUAAUAAUAAUAAUAGUAAUAUCGGUGAGAUUUUCUGAGGGGAACUCUGAAAGUUAUUUCUGAGGAAGUGUUGCAUCAGCACCUUGAUCUUUGGAAUAUUUCUGAGGGAUAUGGAAGAAAAAUCCUUUUUCUCUGAGGAGGGAAAGAACAAAAUGGGUUAUUUCUGAGGGUUGGACUGUGUCAUUACAUUACGUGAUUCUCAGGGGGUAAAACUAUGCUUCACUGAACUUAGGCUUUUUAAUGGAAUGGCCCUCACAUGUACCUCUCCCAGCACUCUAACUGAUUUGACUUUGAGGCCACGUGUUAUGGGGUAAACCACAUAGACAAGGAAACUCACUAUUUAUGUUACAUAUACUUUCCAUGACCAUAAAUUAAGAUUCCGAGUGGUUUUUGUGGUAUACAUAUUGUCUACCACCUACUGGCAUUGACAAUUGACCCUGCAGAUCCCAGCAUCAGAGGAGGAACUAAGAAAAGCAAAGCAGUUUUUGAUAGAAGCCAACAUCAGCAUGUUAUUGAAAAUAGUCACUGUUAUAUCUGCCAAGUGGAUGUGUAAGUUUUGAUUUGUUUCAUGUACAGUAUGUAGUUUUAGGUUAUGUAAUAUAACAUGUAGAUGCAGUAAAAACGUGCAAGUAUAAGAACCUGGUUUUGUAAACCUGUUAGGCUAAAAUUUGCUUGUUACGCCCCCUCUAUACAAGAACUUCUCUUAGCCUAACUGGGUUCUUAUUUCUAUAACCUUAAAAAAAACUUCUGUACACUAAUGAAAAUAAGAUAACUCAAAUUAUAUUCAGCUAGAAUCCUGAUCUUUGGAGACUUAAGUGCCUUAUCACUCCAACUCCAAUAUAAUGGUAUGCAGAUUUUAUGAAGGGAAUAAAUACUCCUGGCUACAAUAUAUUUUUUUCUUUAAAAAUAAGACCCUAUCUCUCACUUUUAAAAUUAUGUCAUUAUUUCAAGGCCAUAUAACUUGUCGGCCUGACUGGCAAACCUGAAAAAGUAGCACUCAGACUGUUAUGUAAAAAAUGAGCAAAAAUUAUGUUGACAGUUAGUAAUAAUUUAUCUGCUGGAAAGGUUUCAACUUGCUGGGUAUAUUGAUUUAGUACACAGAUAAUUGAACUGCUAGGAAGUUCUUUUGGUUAUAAUUUAUUUUUGUUUAGUUUCAUACAAAAGUAGCCAGGGGAAAACCCCAGUCCUGGAUGUAAUGACAGCCCUGAAUAUUUAUGUAAUCGUAAUAAUAAUUAUUUGACCCUACUCUUUUUUUUUUGUUUUGUUGAUAUAGUGGUUCUAAGAGCAAGCAUUGCUCAGUGUGCAACAAGUGUGUAUCAGAGUUUGAUCACCACUGUAAGUGGCUAAACAAUUGUGUUGGAGGCCAGAAUUACAGGUAAAUGAUAUAGACCCAGUCCAAAUGCAGUUUCAAUCAAGUGCUGAACCUAAUUGAUGAUUUAGAUAGAUAGACAGACAGACAGACAGACAGACAGACUAGACAGACUAGACAGACAGAAAGACAGACAGACAGACAGACAGAUAGAUAGAUAGAUAGAUAGAUAGAGAGAGAGAUAGAGAGAGACAGACAGACAGACAGACAGACAGACAGAUAGAUAGACAGACAGAUAGAUAGAUAGAUAGAUAGAUAGAUAGAUAGAUAGAUAGAUAGAUAGAUAGAUAGAUAGAUAGAUAGAUAGAUAGAUAGAUAGAUAGAUAGAUAGAUAGAUAGAUAUUCUGUUUAUUUCACCCACUUGCAGCAAUACCUGAAUUGUUGGGGAAGGUCAUUGUCACAUACAAUUAACCAUUUACAUACAUUCGGCUGAAAUUUAUAAGUUACAAAGUCAUUAAUUCUUCUGGUAUGACCUUGUUGACGUCUUAGAAGUUGGACCCUUAUACUGUAAUGAGACUCAAUAGCGGCAGGGGAGGGGAUGAUGUUCUUAAGGGGGGACAUUUGGCGUGCAGUAGCAAUAAAUUGCUUGUAAACAAGCUCCUACUCUCCUGUCACUAAGAGACUCCAGGCCGGCCAAGACCAAGGUCUCCGUAUAGUCUACCCAGCCAAAUAUCAUUUGGCUGCUGUACAGACUCAAUUAACUCGUCCAGAGUUAACAGACUGAGUUUGACAUACAUGUAAGAGUGACAUAUGAGCCAGUUUGUUUGCGGAGUUUAUUCAUGUACUGGUGAUACUUUUCUUACACAUCAAGCCCAAUGUUAUUCAAUUUUGAAUAUGUAUUUAGCACUUCCAAUAAUUCAUUUAAAAUUGUGUUUUGUGGUUUUGCUGUUUCAUUUUUUGGAUUGCCUAAGUUGUAAGUACCUUGUUUCAAUGAUUUGUUGUUCAAUUUUGUCAAAGUACAAUACUGUUGGCUCUUUCAGUGAAACUGCAUUUUCAACCAUACAUGUACAUUAGUAUAAUAAACUUCUGUUCAGUAUAGAGUUACUUUUACAAAAAUUUUCUUUGAUUUAAUGUUCGAUUCUCACUUUUUAAUGAUAAUAUUAUUAUUGUUGUAAGUACUGCAGAGAUCCCCAUUAAAAAAGGAAACGACAACAACUUUUACCAAGGGGAACAAACCCUAAAUGCGUUGAGACAAUUUGUGCUUGUAAUUAAUAACAUUGUACAUUGUACAUUGUACAUGUACACCAGUACAUAGCAUUAUAUUCGUUAAUAGCUAGGGCCUGUUUACUGUUUAACUGAUGAUGGUUGCUUCAUAACAAAGUGAUCAUUGAAAUCAAUAACAAAGUGACUAAUAUCUUUGUCAUUAUUUUUUUAUUUUCAUUUACAUAGGUUAUUCAUCGGCUGUAUUUCCAGUGCAUUUGUUUUAGCAAUGUCCGUAUUUGCAGUUACCUUGUAUGUCUUUGUCUCGUUUUUUACAAGAAGAGACAGUUUAAAAUCUUUAUCAGGUAUGUUACCUUUCAAAGAAAAAAAGUAAAAUACUGCUUACUAAAUAAUGCUGAUUUGGGGGUGCACUUUGCCUUCCUUAUAACCCAGGAUUCGAUACAUAAUAAACUGUUGCCAGUGAUCUGGUGUGUAUAGAACUUGAAAAUAACUUGAAUUCCUCCAGCUUGUCCUCAGGACAAGGGACUCCUUAAUUCCGCUCUCUGGUUUUGAUUUUCUGGUGUGGAUGCACCUGAAGGAGAUACGAUAAGGGUUAGAUUUCAAGUUUUAGCACCCUUGGUCACACCUACACAAUGAAAAAUUAAACAUCCUGAAUUUGCUUGUCUAGAGUUGUUGUAUCCUCCUCUUGAUCGAGUUUAAUAGCAAGGGGAUGACUUCCCUGGGACCUUUCUUGUAGGACAAGUCGGCAUAAAAAAAUGAAGUAUUUCACUACAAAAGGAGACACUGUUAGCAGAGCUAGAUCGAAAUUUACUUGCCUGGCAGGAAAAUGGUCGAUGGCUGGAUGGGACAUUAUAGAAUUCUGGGCAGGGUACUUAAAUGUUCUCUUUGACAAGUGAAAUCCAAUGGCAACCAAAAUUUGACCCCUCUUACUGAUUGUUUUAGGGACCUUGAUUAAAAGGGAGAUUUACAGUCAAGUUUACGGCAAACAGCAAACUUCAGAUUCAUGUUGAGAGUUUCUCAAAAUAGAAAAUAGGCAAAUAAAAACAGCUCAGAACAAUUCUUGCGGACAGAAAUGGCAUGAAACUACUAAUUUUUGUGUAGAAGUAAUGAACAGUAAAUGACUUACAAUAGAGGCCAAAACUUGGUCACGUGGUACAAAUUCACAUUUGCUGUGUCCUGUUAAUGUGACUUUUAAUCUCCCUAAUAAGGUGUUAAUUAAAUUAUCAUAACACUGAUGUCAGCUCCGUCGGAGUAUCUAUUGAAUGUAUUUGCCUUAAAGAUAUUUUUCUUUCUCUUAUCCUAUAGGAGGAGAAUUCAAAAUAUUUGUUGCCGUCUCAUCAGAUGAAUUAUUUGCAUCAAUACUUGGAGUUGUGGCAGGACUGCUGCUUCUCGCUAUAGUCCUCCUGGGACAUCUUUUAGGAUUUCAUAUUUAUUUAAGUAAGCUGCAUGUCCAGAGCUGUGCUUUGUACCUAUCCGCAGAGCUGUCAUUAGGUUUUGAAGCAGUCAUAGCGAAUGGAGAUUCAUCUGUAACAUCUCAGAAAUAAUUAUUUUAUAGUGUCAUCUUUAUAGCUUUCCACCUUGCUCACUUGUAACAUCAAGGACAAAAAAUCAAUUCUCACUCACUGUAACAAGCAUCUUAUAAUCCACUGAAGAGGAUGUUCAGUGACAAACAAAAUUUUAUAUUGUUAAAGGGUGCUUCUUUGCCCUUCGCCUCAGCUUUUGGGCUUUGUAUUUGUUUUGCAUUGUUGGUGAAAUGCAGUGCCUGUGCUAGGAUAGGUGAAACUCAAAUUUAAGCUGCAGUUAUUUUAAAUUUUUCUGUGACAGCAAACCGGAAGGCCUGUACAUGUAUUACCGAUAUUUUUCGCUUCUCUAACUGUUUGCGAUAAUCCAUUACCAUAUUAAGGUGUCGUCCAUGUCCCUUGCUGUUUGCCAAAAAACUUGAGAAUCAUUUGUUUUCAGAAAAUGUUGUGAUUGGACAAUUUUCUUUCAAGUAUCCCUGUUUUGAGUGUCUGCUCUGUAAUAGAUUAUUGAUAUUUGUUUUUUCUCUUUGGCAGUUUAUCAUAAAAUCUCAACAUAUGAAUUCAUAGUGAGUUCUCGAGAGCAAAGAUCUGAAGCUUCUGAUGUGGAGGCUGGUACAGAUAAACCCUCUUCAUGUAAACAGUCAAAUAAGAAAAUGUUUAAGGUGGGUUUGCAAGAAAGUGACUUUCAGUUUGUUUCAUCCUUAACCAAGGACAUGAUUUUGUCACAGACCCUCACAUGAUAAUUAGCAGGGGUCAUGGAAAACAGGAAAUAGGUCCUUUGCAGCUAGCCAUUCACGUGGUACAAAACCGCUGUGCUGGAGAGCAAAAGUCGCACUGGGACAAGACAAACAAAGAAAGUUACCAUUUCAAAUUAUGUAUGUCUUUUGUUUGUCUUGUCCCAGUGCAACUUUUGCUCUCCAACGUGGGGGUUUUGUACCACGUGAAUGGCUGGCUUCAAAGGGCCUAUUUCAAGAAGUCAGUUGAAGUCAUGGAACGUGAAGAACUCAAAAAAGUAUGAACCCUGAUUAAGCAUAAUAUAAUAGUGUGAACGCCAACUGGCUGGAGGUUUAUCAGUUGGGUAUGUUAUCAAGCAUGAUCAAGGAGGUGAUUAUACUUAUACUCAAAUCAAGUCAGUGAUCAGGGCAAAGUCCAAUGUGCUGACCACUCCGUCCUGCUGGCUCCAAUUUCAUUGGCAGGGCUGUCACGCACGACUGGGAGGACGGGGGGAGCAGGGAUUUUUCCUUGGCUUCUUUGAGCAUGAUCACUCGCUUCAUAGGGAAAAAAUGGACAUUAAAGCUGGAAACUAGAAAUCUUAGUGACUGCCCUUCAUUGGCAAUUUGAUCCUUGCAAUAUAAUAAAAAAAAUUUAACUUUCUCUCUUGUAGAAUAAAGUAAAGCCUGAAGAAGAGAGGAGAGAGAAUAAUGAACCUCAAAGGUGAGGUUACAAAUAUGGUGCUGUAAAGCCAAGUAUUCUAAAUAUAAUCAUUUGACUUUAACAUGAGAGGACACAGAGGCUUUUUACUGGAAGUACCAUCCCACGCAGGGAUGUUUUCUCCGCGGGCAGCUAAUCCGACUUAAUCCCAUUUAAUAUGUCGCGCUCCUCGAAAGUGCGAAAAUUUUCUUGUCGUGUAUUAGAUUUCAGAUACAUUUUCUUAAUCUUCAUUUCGCGCCAGAAUAAAUUAGUUUGCACGCAAAGGGCUCCUAAAAAAAUCACAAGGUUUGUCCCACUUCGAGUCCACCUUCUGGAGAUAUGCCGGCUUGGUAGCUGGAAUACAUUGCCAGGGCGAAGAUCUGGCAUUUUUUCCUCCUUGUUGUAUUUUCUUCAGGACAAAAUUAAUGUUUAAUAUAUUUGUAGUGAGAAUGCAGCGCAUAUCGGUGGAUUUUACUUCAUGCGGCUUGCUAAUUCUGAAAGAAGAGUGCCGGAUUUCAUCGUUUUGUUCAUGUUUAUUAGUGUUGGCCAAUGUAAGGUAAAUGAACCAACCACUCUAAGGUAAGAAUUGAAGUUUUAAAUCUGUUACUCGCCAAAAAAUCGUGGAAUUGGAAUUCGUGAAACUCGUGAGUAUUACCUCUGUUACCUAAUGUCAUGCGAUGACUCCUCGCUUUUUCGAUGCGUAACACGGAUACAAGUGAUAAAUUUCUUUCGCAAAGUGAAGUAUAAUUUACUUAACGAGACCAUUUGGCGAAUAUUUCUCGUUAUAUGCUUUAUUCAUAUUUGCUUGGCUUAUUCAGGCUACAUUCCAGGAGUUUGAUGACAAUGUUUUUGUGCUAUAAUUAUGCUGAUAAGUUUUUGCACCUUUACAUUGAAACUCAUGUAAGCCAAACGUUUGUUAACUCUUGGCUAGCAAAACACUCUUCUAUAAUGGAGGAACUUUUAACGUCUUUCGGGGCCCUAAUAUGGUGUCAAAUUUUUAGGGGAAACAAAGCUUGAUUUUUGGCCAAACAGACUAUAGCUUUUUUGUCUUUGAAGAGAGCGCGAGGCAAACGUCCGUGAGUACAGUGUAAGCCAGUGAUUCUUUAGGUAGAGCUAACAAACAUAGGAUGCACUUUAGGUGGCACACCCAUGGGUACAGUUUGACCAAGUGAUUCUUUAGGUAAAGCUAACAAACAUAGGCUGCACUUUAGGUGGCACACCCAUGGGUGCAGUGUAACCCAGUGAUUCUUUAGGCAGAGCUAACAAACAUAGGCUGCACUUUAGGUGGCACACCCUUGGGUGCAGUGUAACCCAGUGAUUCUUUAGGUAGAGCUAACAAACAUAGGCUGCACUUUAGGUGGCACACCCAUGGGUGCAGUGUAACCAAGUGAUUCUUUGGGUAGAGCUAACAAACAUUGGCUGCACUUUAGGUGGCACACCCAUGGGUGCAGUGUAACCCAGUGAUUCUUUAGGCAGAGCUUACAAACAUAGACUAUACAGGUGUACAUCAGAUGGUUACAAGUUUUCCAGUUAAAACUUUGUCAUAAAAAGCUACACCAUGCCACUUCGACUAUUUCAUUAUCGCGCUUGUUUUGACGCACAAUUGAUAGUCAGGGGAAGUCGUAUUGUCUAAAACCAUAGCAAAAGACAAAUUUACACACAUCACAGCGUUAAGGUAAGGUAAUACAAGGUAUUUCCUUCAGGUACAUUUACAUUUUCUGUUAGGUUAUAAGCAAAAAUCGCAUGCAGCGAUGAACAAAAUGCGAAGCCAGAUCGAAACAAGAUCGAAACAAAACUGACCUCUGAAAUGGAAGAAGAAAAGUCUUUAAUUUUUGCCUGCUUCGGCCUGCCGACGCGAUCGGUCUGUUUUGUUUUCAUAUGAUGACAUUUUCCUGACAGAAAGGUGUCGGGAGAAACACCUCGCGCUGAUCAUACGUGACAAAAUCCGCCGCGCCUAAGCUAAUUAAGAAAAGUCUCCUCGAAAGCUCCAUACAAUUCCUUGUAACAAAAUUAUAAGGAAUUGUAUGAAGCUCUCUGGGAUACUUACAGUGCAAGCCCUGUGUGUCUUCUCAUGUAUCAAUCAUUAUUAUAAAUAAUUCAUUUCCCUCUGGCAUGGCCAGAAAAUUGGGGUGGAUACUGGCAGGUCUAAAGCACAGGUGACAUUCCAUAGGUCAAGAGUACAGGUCACUGCUCCAUCAAUAAAUUACCAAACCACAUAGAUUCCCCUCGAUCAAAUAGAGCAUUAAUUUUUGUUAAAAGAUUAGGCUUAGGAGACAUUCUUUUGGCUGUUCAUUUAUCUGUAUCAUGGUGACCCAUACUCUGACCUGUGGAAAAGUGAUCUGUAUUUUAGCUCCGCUGAUAGGCACCAUGCAGCCUCAACUAGCCCCAAACAUUUUUUCCCAUAAUUUUUUGGGUAAAAUGAACCUACAAACCUUAAAAAAAAAGAAGCGGAUAUCUCUAUUAACUUGACACAAGCAAGGGUUCCACCCCUUGCUGUUGGCUAACACAGGUUUUUGCAAAGUUUCUUUUAUUCAUCAUUUCAGAAUUGAAAUAAGUGAUCAUGGUGCUUCUGAAGGGUCUGAUGAUACUCUACCAAAUGAAACAACUGUAAAGUUUAUUAAUGAAGUCAGCUCUAAGGUGAGUCAUAUAUUAGUCCUAGGAGGCGAUCAAUCAUGGUCAAGAAAGUUCUUUUGAAACUGUCUGCUUACGAAGUGCUUGACUUAUCAUACCGUUAUGAAAGUAACUGAAAAUUUACCUGCUCAUUAAUAAUACUGUCGAACCCUGUACAUUUUACAGAGAAAUAUACGAAGUGAGUACAAUUCAUGGUUAGUUAUAUUGUCAAGGAGCCAGAUUUACAAAACCUUGCUAAUUUAACCCUUUCUUUUCCAAGAAUGCCCCAAGUGACAGGGCUAAUUGUUUAACAAGCUGAUAGUCAUAAAGGCUGCUACGCUGAAACAUCUAUUAAGCUAGCAGAUUGACAUGUUUACAGAUCGAUUGACUUGAUGGGACACUGAUUUCCUGGAAUAUUAUGCAGACAUGCCAGCACAAUAAGAAUAGUGUGUCAUUGCAGUUUGUCUGUAUUCCAUGCUUAUCUUAGGUUUUUGGACCAACUUUUGAUGGGGGGUGUCUUGUAGAACCCUACCACUCCAGUCAUCUUAUGUCUUAUGUCUUUACUCUACUUUUACAUCAGGCCGCUGCCAAGCAGAACAGAUCCAGUGUAGAAGAAGAUACCCUACAGCAACAGGAUUAUUCAGUUAUCACAAGCCCUGAUACGGCUCAUUACUCACCCCAAGGAAUUACAGAAUGUGCAUCAUCUUCAGAGGAGAGCCUUAAAGAAAUUACACCCCAACCUACUUCCCCUCGAGUAGAGGUUAAACAGCCAGCUGGCGUAAUCACAUCACAGCUUCAAGAGACAAGUUCAAGCAAUCAACAUCAGAGUGAAUUGUUAUCUUUUAAUCCGGGACCUAGGAGGGUUCCCAUGGUAACUUUUAAUGACCAAGUAGAAGAACUUGUUCCCAGUUCUCAGGGAAAGAAAAAGAAAAAGACCAAGGUGAGUGAAGAUGCAAAUACAAAGACAUUGAACAGUGGAGAUUAUGAACUUACUGCAGUCAACAGAGAAAAUGCUAGUACUGGACAGGAUACUGUUGAUGCUGUUACACCCAGGAAAAAGAAGAAGAAGAAACCUAAAGCAAACUCCCCCGACAGCCUACCUCCCAUUGUUAGACGCCCAUUGCCACAAUUACCGCCCCAAGAUGAUUAG